AUGGCAAACACACGAGUGAUUGUUGUUGGCUCUGGUCUUGCUGGCCUAUCAGCGGCCUCCAUGCUCGUGGCACACCACGUCCCGGUCCUUCUGCUUGAGCGCUCUGCUAAACCAGGAGGGAAUUCCAUCAAAGCCUCCUCCGGCAUUUCGGGAGCGCCAACACGAUUUCAGGGCGAAGUCAAGGACAGCGUCGAGUUAUUCACAGCCGACACCAUCCGAUCCGUAGGUUCGAUAAUUAAUCACAACAAAAGUGAAAGGGAGCAUCUGGUGAGAGAACUGACCGGAAAGUCUUCUGGGGCGAUCGAAUGGCUGUCUACCGAGAUGGGAGUAGAUUUGACUCACAUCACCCAGUUGGGUGGACAUUCACGGGCGAGGACUCACCGAGGGAGUGGGAAAACGCCUCCUGGUUUUGCUAUUAUCAAUGCCUUGCUAAAGAAUCUGCAACAACAUUCAAUUUUUGAGUUGCGUGGCGAAAGUGAGGUCUCAGGACUGGUGCAUGACCAUGACGGACUAGUUACAGGCGUAAGAUACCAGCGUGCUGGCGCGACCGAGGAACUGGAAAAAGGUCCAGUUAUUUUCACCACAGGAGGCUUCGCAGGAGAUAUCAAGGGCUUAUUACGUGAAUACCGACCUGACUUGGGUAAUAUUCCUUCGACCAACGAGUCACGGCCGGGCAUGCAUAAGCUUCUGACAGAGAUUGGAGCCAACCUUGUCGACAUGGAACUCGUUCAGAUUCACCCCACAGGCUUCAUUGACCCAUCGGAUAAAAACAAUACGCACAAGUUCCUCGCGGCUGAACUGUUACGUGGCGAGGGUGGGAUUUUAGUUGAUAGGCAAGGAAAACGCUUCAUCAACGAGCUAGCUACAAGGCGCGAGAUAACAGAUGUCAUCAUGCGCACUGACAGUUUCUGUGAAGACCCAAGACAAUGGGAUGUGCAGAUUGUGCUUGAUGAAAAUACAUAUCAGGCCGCAAAGAGCCAUGUUGAUUUUUAUAUGUCCAAGGGCCUUAUGCGCAGAAUUAAGGCAGCCGAUAUGGAACCAUCCGUUAGGGCUGAGAUACGUUCCUACGGGGAAAUCGUACUUGGAGCAUCCACGGACCCAUUUGGACGCACUGCGUUCGGAAAUUGGUCUGGAAAGAGCGGCAGUGGUGAUGAGGAAUGUUUCUAUAUUGGAAACGUCACACCCGUGGUACACUUCACAAUGGGAGGUGUCAGCAUAAAUACUGACGCAGAGGUCCUGAAAAAGGACGGCACGCCAAUCAGAGGACUAUGGGCAGCCGGAGAGAUUACGGGCGGGAUUCACGGACAAAACAGACUUGGUGGAAACUCGUUGCUAGAAUGUGUUGUUUUCGGGCGAAAAGCGGGAGAAAAUGCCGCGAAGUGGCUGUCAUCAAGAAAUCAGUAA